GUAUCGAUUCAGCCGACCCACCAUGAUGGGUAUGGCUCCCUUCUUCAAGGUUACCGUGUUUGAGCAGGAGCACUUCCAGGGCAAGUGUCAGGAGUUCACCUCAGAGUGCUGUAACAUCCAGCAGUGUGGUUUCGACAACAUCCGCUCCAUCCGUGUGCAGAGUGGCGCCUGGGUAGGUUAUGAGCACCAUGACUUCCAGGGGCAACAGUUUAUUCUGGAGAGAGGAGAGUACCCCCGCUGGGACUCAUACUGUGGAAACCUCUCCUACCAUGUAGAGAGAUUUUUGUCCUUCAGACCCAUCUACUGUGCUGAUCACCAGAACAGUCGUAUAAUGAUCUUUGAGUGUGAGAACUCCCUGGGCCACAGUGCCAAGCUCUGUGAAGACUACCCAUCUCUGCAGGCCAUGGGCUGGGGCGGCACAGAAGUGGGCUCCAUGCAUGUGCAGUGUGGCGCGUUUGUGUGUUAUGAAUUCCCAGGAUACAAGGGCAGACAGUACAUCAUGGAGUGUGAGAGGCACAACGGGGCCUACCAGCACUGGAGGAACUGGGGUUCCCACAGUCAGACUCCUCAGAUCCAGUCCAUCCGUAGGAUUCAGCAGUAACAGGGCAUCUGCAAGGCACAGCACCCAACUGCUCAGCCAGCCAGCACACACAUUUGACACACACUCACACAUGUAUUGUUUCUCCUGACCUUUAUCUUUUUAUUGGCACUACCACCACCAUAACAUCCUGAUUUACACAAAUAUGCCUAUCGUGAUUUCUUGUAAGGUUCUGAGAAACACUACCUGAGGUGCUCGACAUAACCAGUACACAUCCAACUUAGCAAGGACACACCCCUGUGAGGUGACUGGU